GGCUGAGCGGUGAGGGCUGGGACCUGCUGGGGCAGAAACACCUGCUCCGGGCUCCGGGCCCUCCCCCCACCGCCAGCUCGCGCAAAGCCUUGAAAGGCCCCCGAUUGUUUUCCGCACGGCCGCCUGUGUCGGCACAGCGAUCCUUCUCGAGGGACAUUUCCGAAGCUCGGCUGGGGCUCAGCCCGGGUCCCCUCAGCCCCAGCGGAGCCUCCGCCCUCCACCUCCCACCAGCCUUUGACCGCGCCGCGCCGGGUAGAUGGGCGCGGUCCCUUCCUGGCUCAGACGGCCGUGACCCAGACGUUCUCGCCCUGUGAUCCGGCAUCACUUCUGAACUUCCCCUCCGACUGCGUUGGACACCUAUUUCUAAAAACCUCUUCCUCCUCCGAAACACUGUGUCAGGAAGAUCCUGACCCUGCGAAGCUGGUCCAGACCCUGCUUUCCUCUCCCCGCGCCGCUGCUCCAUCCUCUGAGGGCAUAGAGUAGCCGCUUCACCCAGCCGAGCGCUGCAGAGACGGAGGCACGCGGAACCUGGAGGUUCUGAGACUGUGACAGCUCAGGGGACAGGACCGAGAACCAGUGGAAACCUGUGUCAGGAGAGAGAGCCAGAGCCAGACUGCUCCAUGUCGGAACUGAGGCUUCUUCUUUUAGGGAAACAUGGCUCAGGGAAAAGUGCCACAGGAAACACCAUUCUGGGCAAAGCUGUGUUCAAGUCCAGGUUCAGUGAGCAGAUGGUGACUAAAACGUGCCAGAGAGAGAGUGGGGCCACGCAGGGGAGGGAGGUUGUGGUCAUCGACACCCCUGACCUUUUCUCCUCAAUAGCUUGUGCCAAUGACAAGGGAGGCUACAUUGAACGCUGCCUGGAGCUCUCAGCUCCCAGCCUCGACGCCUUGCUUCUGGUAAUUCCCAUCGGCCAUUAUAAGGAGGAGGACAGAGAAACAAUCAAAGGCAUCCAGAAGGUGUUCGGAGCUAAAGCCAGGAAGCACGCCAUUAUAGUCUUUACUUGGAAGGACGAUUUGAUGGAUGGCUUGCUGGAAGAUUACAUUGAAAGUGACGAGUCUGUUAGGGACUUGGUUCAAAACUGUGGCGGCCGAUACUGCGCUUUCAACAACAAGGCAAGUGAGAAUGAGCGGGACGCCCAGGUGAAGGACCUCCUCUGCAAGGUCCAGUGUUUGGUGGAUGAGAACCAAGGACCAUACUGGGUGAACUUCAGAAAUGAAGACAGUGGAUUCCAGGAUUGUGUGAAUGAAGCUACGUCUCAGAGGGAGGACCGUCCACAUGGGCCAGGGGUGGAGCAUCACCAGGCUACAGGAUGUGAGCCGAACCACGAGCCGUCAGCACUGAAGGUCCUGCUCGUGGGGAAGCAUGGUGUGGGAAAAAGCACAGCCGGAAACAGCCUUCUGGGGAGGCGGGUCUUUGAGACCCAAUACAGCGAAAAGCCAGUAACCCAGAGGUGUAAGUCCGAGAGCAGAACCUGGAGAGGGAGGAAAGUUUUGAUCAUUGACACUCCAGACCUCUCAUCUGCAAAGGAUGUUGAACAAGACCUUUUGAACAACACCUUUCCAGGUCCCCAUGCCUUCCUGCUGGUGACCCCACUGGGCUCUUUCAAUGAGAGAGAUCUCAUGGUGCUGAGUACCAUCCGCAGAAUUUUUGGAGAUAACGUCACUCAGUACAUGAUUGUUCUCCUCACCAGGAAAGAAGAUCUAGGGACUCAGGAUCUAGAUACGUUCUUAAAAAUCAGAGCUAAAAGUCUCUACAAGCUCAUCGAGGAAUGUAAAAACCGGCGCAGCAUCUUCAACUAUAGCGCAACGGGAGAACAGGAACAGUGCCAGGUGGACGAGCUCCUGCAAAACAUUGUGAGCGUGGUGCAGCAGCAUGGGGGCAAGCCGUGCACCUUCAGGGGGAAAGAGUCCCUGCGCAUUAUCCUCGUGGGGAGGAGCGGAACUGGGAAGAGUGCCAGUGGGAACACCAUCCUCGGGAGGCCGGAGUUCCUAUCUCAGCUGGGAGCACAGCUGGUCACCAAGACAUGCCAGAGCGGCUGGAGGGUGUGGGAUGGGCAGGAUGUUGUGGUUGUGGACACUCCCCUGCCCUGCCUGGUGUCUGGAGCUGAAGGGGAUCCAUCCCAGGUCGAUGAGCAGGUCAAACGCUGUUUGUCCUACUAUAAAGAAGGGAGUACGGUUCUGGUCCUGGUAUUACAGCUAGGACGGAUCACGCGAGAGGACAAAAAGGCAGUGGCGGAAUUAAAGACCAUCUUUGGAGAGGAAGUUAUGAAAUACACGAUUGUGCUGUUUACCCGGAAGGAAGACUUAGAGACUGGGAAGCUUGAAGAUUAUGUGAAAAACACAAAUAACAGCUAUCUUAGGGACAUAAUUGAAAAAUGUAAGGGGAGAUAUUGUGCUUUUAAUAACAGAGAAACUGGCCAAGCCAGGGAAGAGCAGGCAAGAGAGCUUUUGUCAGAGGUUACUAACCUGAUAAAGUGCCGUGGAGAGCAUGAAUAUCGCCAUCCAUGGGGGAAUGUAGGCAAAACAAUGAAAAAUUUUCAGCCCCUAAAAUUACUGAAUAAUUUAAAAAGUACGUUACUAUAAAAUUACUAAAUAACUUAAAGGGUAAGUUAGUGUAGGAAGCCCCACAUUACUAAAUAAUUUAAAAGGUAAGUUGCUAUAGCAAGCUGAAAUGCCUGAGGUCUCUUGAAGUUAGAGAUACCCUCAGGCUACAAGCAUGGCCGGGGGGGAGGGGGGCAUGGUAGGACUGGUGGGAUGGGAAGAGGGUCCAUGACUUUGAGGGCUUGAGAGGUGAAUGCAUAUCACACUGUGGUGCUUCAGCUUUUGUAGGUAAAUAAAUUGUCAGGCUGGGGCUGGUAGUAGGGGAUAAUAAAGGAGAAAGAAAAAAUAAGGUGGGGAAAUCUGAGCAAGGGCUUCAGAGAUUAAUUAGGCUGAUAUUAAGGAUCAGAAUCAAGUCACAAGAAUCACUUCAUCUGUGUAGACAGAUCAGAGUCAGGACAGACACUGGGACUGAGGCCAAGGCCAGCCUGGGGUCAGAAUACAGAGAGUCACACAAGAACCAGAGGAUUCAGAUACAUGAAGGUAAGACAAUGUCCGGUCAACUCCUGGGUGUGGCAGAAUGGAGAAGCUGGACUCCUGUGGGCCUCUCUGAUGCCCAGCACUGCUUGCCAGGUGCCCUGAGCUCUCCAUCUCCACUGCGGCAGCACUCAGGGCCUUCCUUUCUGCACAUGAUGGCUACUCCUUCUUUCCCCAGUCCAAGCUGGAAUGGAAAGUGGGACCUAGUCUACCUUCCUUUGCUGUCCCUGAGGAAAUGAACAGGAGUCUGUGAAGUAUCAAAAGAUUUUAUUGCCAAUCAUUCACAGUGAAAUAGACUAGAACAAAAAUUAGAAGCAUGGUAAAAUUGCCAAGAUUAGACGAUCUUGCAAAAAUUUAAAAUUCUAAGUAAAAUUCUAGAUUUCCUCUAGAAAAAGUUAUUGAGAACUCCUUUAUACUUCUCUCUCUCUUUCCCUUUCUUUUUCCCUCUCUCCCCCACCCUCCUUGUCCCUGAGGCUUAGGAAUUAGGUUAAAACUCAAAGAGGGGCUUCCCUGGUGGUGCAGUGGUUGUGAGUCCGCCUGCCGAUGCAGGGGACACGGGUUCGUGCCCCAGCCCGGGAGGAUCCCACAUGCCGCAGGGCGGCUGGGCCCGUGAGCCAUGGCCGCUGGGCCUGCGUGUCUGGAGCCUGUGCUCCGCAACGGGAGAAGCCGCAACAGUGAGAGGCCCACGUACCGCUAAAAAAAAAAACCCAAAAAAUCCCAAAAAACUCCAAGAGGUCAAAUAAUAAUGGCUUAAACACAUUAGGGGUUUAUAGUGUCUUACAUUAAGAAGUCCAGGAGUAGGCAGUCUGAGACCAGUGUGGCAUCAACGUUCCAGCUUCCUUCUGCCUUUCUGCCCCCACCCAUCGGCAUGCAGCCUCCAUACUUAAGGUUGCUUCUUACGGUUCCAAGAUGGUGGUGUCCUACUCACGGCUAAGCAGGUUAUAUUGAGAGCUGCCUGGUGUGGGUGACAUAUGAGAACUAUGGAAUCUUCUCCCAGUUAGAUGUAAGGUCAGAUGUUUUCAAUAUUAACCGCUUUACACAUGCUUUGAGGACAUGAUCUAUGUCAUCAUCUGCUUUUUUAAAAAUUUCAAAGUAUCAGGUUACCUCAAGAUUAACCCAUUUAUAAGAGCAUGGACUGUCACCCUUAAUACUUUUGUACUCUGCAUAACCCUUAAUAUGACAAAUUCUGGUAAGUGUGUAUAAAUAUAUUCAGUUGAGUGAAAUAAUAAAGAUGAAUUAUAUUAUGAA